UCGACAUUUGCCGCCCGUUUUGCGGUGCUAUCCGCGCCUUCAGGGCACGAGUACAGUAGCCUUUCGAAUGAUUUCUUUCCGUUCUCUUCAAUGGUGUUCUUAAAAAAAAUCUCCUGAUCCACUGCAAACAAAACUUCCUUUCUAGACGGCGCCCAAUGGCUGAAAAGAAACUGCACGGAGGCGGGCUCGAUGCUAGCCUCUCUGCCGAGGAAUGCGGGGCGGCGGCGGCGGUGGCGGAGAGCGGUGCAUCGCGGACUGGAGAGCUGGGGCGAUUAGGAGACGGCGGCUGCAGCGGCUCCCCCGCUGACAUGACAGCGUGCGCCUCACAGGUGUAGAAACUGUGCUCAGAAACCAGGUUGAAUAAAGUGCCAUAAUGGGAGCUGGAGGACAUCGGUGACAGCAGAUUUCUAGGAAUUAUUUUGUGUUUGAUGGAAGUAUAGUGAGCUGUAGUAACUGGUAUCUUUAGUUCUAUUAGGAAGUAAAGAAAAAGAUACAUGAUGCUCACAAUCAAACUUCCCCAAGUAUUUGACUUUCAUCAAGUACCCCAUGUUUUCCGUGAGGAUGGCAUUAUUUCUGGGUAUCGGCAUCCUCGCAGUUCUGCUCUGGACUGUGUUCUUAGCAGCUUUCAAAUGACAAAUGAGACCAUCAAUAUCUGGACCCAUUUCCUACCUACAUGGUAUUUCCUGUGGAGGUUUCUUACACUGUAUUCAGUACUUGACUUCUGCAAUGAGCAAUACACCUGGCCCCUCCUGGUCUACAUGCUGGUCAUCUGCUUGUACCCUUUUACUUCCAGUUGUGCACAUACAUUUAGCACUAUGUCUCCUGAAGCUCGACACAUCUGUUACUUUCUUGAUUAUGGAGCCCUAAGCCUUUACAGCCUUGGCUGUGCUAUCACAUACGGAUUGUAUGUAAUGCCUGAUUGCUGGAUCAACAGCCUUCUUCAUCAAUACUUUAUUCCAUUAGCUGUUUUCAACUCUCUUAUUUGCACUAGCCUGUCUUGCUAUUCACGGUUUCCAGAGCUUGAAUAUCCCCAAUGGAGUAAAGUUCUCCGCACAACAGCUUUUGUUUAUCCAUUCUUGUUUGAUAACAUCCCUCUCUUUUACCGGGUGUUGGUCUGGGCAAUGGAGGGAUGCAUUCACAAUGAUGCCAUUUACAACCACUGUUAUCAUCUCAUUUUUGCUUUCUUAACUGGCUUCCUUUUUGCCUCCCACCUACCAGAAAGGUUGGCACCUGGCCGAUUUGAUUACAUUGGUCAUAGCCACCAGCUGUUCCAUAUAUGUGCUGUGGUGGGCACACAUUUUCAAAUGGAGGCCAUUUUGUCAGAUAUGAAUUCCAGGCAGCUCUGGCUCACUGCCAACACUAGCAAGCCUUCCUUCCUUGGCACAGUGGGUGCUGUGUCUAUUGCUGUGGUGCUUAAUUUGGCAAUUAUUGGGUUUUUUUGUGCAAAACUCAUAUGGGGAGAAAGCUCCAUAUCUUCAUCUUGUAGUCGUCAUUUUAACAAUAACAACCAUAAACCUACACAUAAAGUAAAAUGAAGUGUUUUACGUAUAAUUAAUGUCAGAAUGAUAAGUUAAAAAAUUGACAAGUAUUAGAUUAAUGAAAAUAUGAGCAUUCCAUAGGAAUGUAAUCAAUGUGCCUUAUUUUGAAAUUACAGUAGGCUGUUCUUUCUUAUUAUAGAAAAGCAGGAAGUGAUAACUGUAAUUCAGUAAACAUAUUAAUCCACAGUUUGUUAAUGGUGAUAUUUUUGCAUUAUUAACUUAACUAAAAUUCUACAACCAAAUGUUUAAAGUAGGUCUAGAAACUUGCUUUUAUGUUGGGCCAAAUUCAAUGUCUUCCAUUUGGAGAUCUUUAAGUCAGUGUUGUACCGGAAAUGCUGUGCCAUAUACUAAACAACAAUUUAAUUUGUAGUUCAGGUUCUAAAGUUCCUCUGUGUAAAUAUCAGUAACAUCCUAUUGCUGAUUUACAUUGGGACCAUUUCCCUAUAAAGAAAGCUCAGCUUGGACAGCCAAAUUACUGUUUUUCUUUUUUAAUAUGUUGCUACUAAAGAUGCCACAAUACAAGGGAUAUAAAAGUAUUGCCCUGUAGUAAUACUUUAUUAAGGAAACCUCUGCAUAGCCUACAUGAUCAUAUAUCCCCCAAGUUAAUUGAGUAUUAUCAGUUUGUACAGCCUAGGGUCAGAGAGACAUAUAGAAUAUUUUUAUUUCAGAAAGUGAGUAAAAUUUGCAAGAAUCCAUUAAAUUAAUUAUAUUAUUCUAACAAAUAGCAACAGGCAGACCAAAGAAAAAAAAAACAUUUUUUGUGUACCUGAAACUCCUUGUGACACAAAAGCCAUACCUUGAUUUCUACUGCACUGACUCUGGACAUUAGGAGUUUAUAUACUUUAUUGAGAGGAUGGUUAUAAAAGAAACUACAGAUAUGUAAGACAUGAUAGCCAUAUCUGAGACAUACCUUCACAUACUUUAUUUCUUGUACUAAUGAGCUGAUUUUUGAAUAAGACUAUUCAGUGCCUUGAAUUUCUUCAAAGGUUUGCACAGAAUGUAAUUUAAACUGUGCAGAGCUGAACUGAUAUAUUGACAGUAAUAAAGAAUCCCUUUAAUGUAGCAGCUGAAAUAAUAGUACUGUAAUGAAUAGCUUAAAUGGACAUAAUCUAAUAAAAAAUGCUUACUGUAACAUACAGAACCUAAAAUGUUUUUCCGUAAGUUUAAAAAUUGAUAUUUCCUUUUAUGCAAGUCAUGGACUAUGCUUUUUUGUGAUACAUUCUUUAAACAUUAUGCUCAGGAACACAGGACAAAAUGACUAAAGCUUGAAGGAUUCGGUUUGAGCAAGUGGUGUGCCACAGACCAGAUCUUUAAAACAGUGCAAUUAAAAUAAAGUUAGACAUUCCAGUCAAUUAUUCCCUCUGUGCUCUACAUUUCCAAUCUCACAGAGAAUCUAAUUUAAAAGAAAAAGUUCCAUACAAUAUUUAAUUAAUGAAUCAAAGUGAGUUAAGAGUAAGCUGUCAGCUGCCAUGUUAAAAAUGGGAAACAUACAAGUAAAACUGAAUGAUAUUUCAGCAUUUUUUAGGUUCCAAUUACCUUGUCAUUUUGCUCUCAUUAAGUAUAACAUUGACGUGUGUGUAUGUGUUUAUAUAUCAAUAGGUUACUGAGAAUGAAUCUUAACUUUCCUUGAAAAUCACAGUCUUCUGAAUCUUUAGGGAGAGAGAUCUAUAUUGGAGAAGUUGUAGGACAUAUUUUUAGUGAAAUAUCUAAUGAUAAUUUGAACACCAAUUGAGAAACCUUUCUCCUUUUAUGAAUAAAAUUCACUUUUGAGAAAUAAUCUGAUAUAUUUGAGAUGUUUUCGAACUUAAGAAAGUAACAUUCAUUUCAGCUAGCACUUAUUCACUCAGUAGUGUAAAGAGUUAUAUUGUGUAACAUUUGAGCAGAUCUGCAAAAAAAAAAUGUUAGAACAGCAACAUGAAAAUUAGAUUUCAUUCCUCCAUUCACACAAAAUUUUUCAUUUGAACUGCAUAAACAGCUGGUUCUUUUUUUAUUAAUAGGGUAAUUUUGUUAAAAAGAGUGUGUUUUUUUUUAAUAUAUUUUACCAAAGUGUUUUGGGCUGAAAGUGUCUCUUACUUUACUGUACACAAUAAUUCUGUGUUCCAUAGAUGCACUGAAUAUUGUAGGUACAAAUGCCACAUUUGUGUAUUCAAUCUUCACAGGUUACAAUGAAUGGCUGUAAAUUUUCAAUUUGAUAAAACUUUUUCAAGAACCUAAUAAUCCCAGCAGACAUCAAAAGUUAUAAACUUUUUUUUCAUGUGUAAGUUAAUAUGAUAAAAUACAGAGAAAAUGUUUGCUUUAUCAAAAAGAAAUGUAGAUGUUAACAAAGAUAGUCUUGCUGGAGAAAGUCAUACAUUUUAAAAAGAAGUGUCAAAGCUCUGGAGGAAAUAGAAAGUGACAGAAGGUUUAGUGAGGGGUAGUGCUGGAACUUAAUAGAUUCUGUUAGCCUCUAUGAUUUCAGUUUUUAAAAGGAGAUGAGUAGGAUAAACUAUGCUACCUUUAGCAUUAACACAUGAAACUGGAAUAUGGUUAGUGGCAAUUUUUCUUACUGUGUUAAUGCUUUUAAGGGAAUAAAGUGAAUGUUUGAUUGGCUUUCUGAUACUACUUAAAUGAUAAUGAAGAAGGCUGACUUUUUCUCCUCAGCACAAAAAAAAAGUAGAAUAUCGUGAGAAUAUCACUUGUUUUUGACUUCAUGUCACAGUUAUGAUUUUAUGCAUUAACCUGCUGUAUGCUGUAAUCUCUUUUAUGUGCUCCUCCUAUUUUCUGUCUCCUCAGAGCACGGGAGGACAUUAGACCACGUAAAGCUGUAGUCUUGAGGACUGGAUGACCUGUUAAGAGAAACAAGUAAUGAUAUAAAUAAGCUUUCAUCUUAAUAAAACUAUUGCUAAAAAGUCAGAUUUGAACUUGGACAAAAAUUAUAACUCAUUACAGCACUUAUCACUUUUUAUCUUUUCAAUUAAAUUGAUUAGUUUUUAAAUAUGCAUAUUACAGAUUAUUUGACAUUAAUGUGAAUUUUAGCCACACACUACUGUAGUUAUUACAUGAUAUUCUGAAUGCUGCAAUGACAAGGCAAUUGGUGUUAUAGUGCUAAUAGUGAAAUACUGGUUGGUAAAAUAAGUAUACUCUAGGUUGAAGUAAUUCACAUAUUCCUAGAUUCAUGUUGUCAGACAAGUCAGGAAAAGUGCAACAUAUUGGUAGAAGUGAGGUCAGAAAUCUGAAAAGCUGCAUUUAAAACCACAUGAGUUUAGGUUCAGUCUCACCUGUGUUGCUCUUUUUGACUAACUAGACUUCUUAAAUUUUCGAUUCAGCAAAUGCAAAAUAAUGCAUCUCUAAACUGUGCACUGGUCAUAUACAGUAAAGCUUAAUUAAAUUUAAUGGUCCACUUAUGCCAGUGCCUACUGUAGUAGGCACAAGUCCAUUGUAAAUGCUAUAUACAAUAAUACACAUAUGCAUAACUAUGUUCCUUGCAGCCAGCAGGCCCCACUAUCCCAUUAAUCCACCUUGUCCUAGGUUAUGUGACUCUGG